CGCUGCUGCACACAGACUCUUAACUGUCUCUCUGAACCUCACAUAAAGCAGCUCACCUGCUCUCUGCCAUCCAGACAUGGGAGGCGUACUCACCACUGAUCCCAUCCCAUCAGAGCCGUCCAGAUACAAUAACGACGAGCUCCGGAUUGUGAUGGUAGGAAAGACCGGAGCUGGGAAGAGCGCCACAGGAAACACCAUCCUGGGAGAACAGAUCUUUAAAUCAAUGUUCUCCCCUAAAUCUUUGACUGAAGUCUGCACUAAGGCCUUUUGUGAAGUGGAUGGACAAAACGUUGCUGUUAUCGACACUCCGGGUCUGUUUGACACCAGGGUUGAUGAAAAGAAAACCAGCAUGGAUAUUGUCCAGAGCAUUUCUUAUGCGUCUCCUGGACCCCACGUUUUCCUGGUCGUCAUCAAGCUGGACAGAUUCACAGAAGAAGAAAAGAAAGCAGUGCAGAACAUUCAGAAGAUCUUCGGUAAGGAAGCAAAUAAAUACAGCAUGGUGCUCUUCACCCACGGUGACCUGCUCAGAGGGAAACCCAUCGAGGAGUUCUUGGAGGACAGCGAAGAACUGAAGGAACUUGUGGCCAAAUGUAACGGUCAGUACCACGUCUUCAAUAACGAAGCGCAGGAUCGAUCUCAGGUCAACGAGCUGCUCGACAAGAUCAGAAAAAUAGGAGAGAAGAACGGAGGAGGCCACUACACCACUGAAAUGUUCCAGGAGGCAGAGAAGGUGAUAGAAGAGGAGAAACGACGAAUCCUUAAAGAGAGAGAGGAGCAGAUGCUCAAAGAGAGUGAGGAGCUGAGGAAGAAACUAGAGGAAGAGUUUGAGCAAAAAAUGAAGGAGGAGAAGGCUGACAGGGAGGCCUAUGAGAGAAAGAUGGAGGAGGAAGUGAAGAAAAUGAAGGAAAUGCAGGAACAGCAGGCGAGAUGGGACGCAGAAAGAAGCAGUCCAUUACUUCUGCUGCUAAAGCAGCUUUUUGAGGGAGUGUUACGGCUUUUCUUCACCCGAUAAAGUCCUUGAGUUCUGGACAGCAGAUUUAUCUGUUGUGGAUUAUUAUCAGUUUGCAGUUUAGUUUUUUUGUUGUUGGGUUUGAAAUCAUAAAAGUAACUUAAUGAUUAAGAUUUUAAUGUUCCAUAUUUGUCUUCCGAGAACAAAAGACAACACAUGAUAAGGUUUCGUUUAGAGAUACAUGAUUACGAUGCUCGUGUGUGUGUGUGUGUGUGUGUGUGUGUGUGUCUCAUGUGAAACUUUGUAAAUUUGAUUGUAAAGUUGCUCAGGUGAUCAUGAA